UAGUAGGUAGCAGCAACAAAGUACUCGUGACGUUUGAGGUUGUCGUUGGGAAGAAUCAGAAAAGGAAUAAAGAAAAUGAGGGAAGAGGCGGUGACAAUGUUGCUGGUGAACCUGGCCGGAAUAAUGGAAAGAGCCGACGAGUCACUCUUGCCAGGUGCAUACAAGGAGGUGGGGGCGGCUCUCCACACGAACCCCACCGGGCUUGGGUCGUUGACUUUGUUGCGGUCAAUGGUUCAGUCUCUCUGCUACCCAAUCGCCGCCUAUCUCGCCGUUCGCCACAACCGUGCUCACGUCAUCGCUCUCGGCGCCUUCCUCUGGGCCGCCGCCACUUUCCUCGUCGCCUUCUCUUCCACUUUCCUUCAGGUGGCUAUAUCAAGAGCUUUAAACGGAAUAGGCCUUGCUUUAGUCGCUCCGGCAAUCCAGUCCCUCGUGGCUGACUCGACUGAUGAUAGUAACCGUGGGAUGGCAUUUGGAUGGCUCCAACUCACCGGAAACGUUGGCUCCAUAAUCGGUGGGCUCUCCUCUAUACUGAUAUCUCCAAUAACGUUCAUGGGAAUCCCUGGUUGGAGGCUUUCCUUUCAUAUUGUUGGACUAAUUAGUGUUAUAGUAGGGGUUUUAGUCCGUCUCUACGCCACUGAUCCACACUUUCCUAGCGGGACAAAGCCCAGCGACCAGACUUCUGGCAAUUCCUUUUGGUCAGAAGUCAAGGAACUGGCAAAAGAAGCCAAGGAAGUAAUCAAAAUUCCAUCUUUCCAGAUUAUUGUAGCACAGGGUGUCACCGGUUCAUUUCCCUGGUCAGCUCUGUCAUUUGCACCGAUGUGGUUGGAGCUUAUGGGCUUCUCUCAUGAGAAAACCGCUUUCCUGAUAGGCUUGUUUGUGGUUUUUAGUUCCCUUGGAGGCCUGUUUGGGGGUAAAAUGGGCGAUAUCCUUUCUGUUCGUUUACGGAAUGCUGGAAGGAUAAUCUUAGCUCAAAUAAGCUCGGCAUCCGCCAUUCCUCUAGCGGCCAUCCUUCUGCUUGCAUUACCUGAUGAUCCAUCAACUGGCUUCAGCCAUGGUUUGAUUCUGGUUAUUAUGGGAUUCUGCAUAUCCUGGAAUGCAGCAGCUACAAAUAAUCCUAUUUUUGCAGAAAUCGUUCCUGAGAAAUCUAGAACCAGCGUCUAUGCAUUGGACCGAUCUUUUGAGUCUGUACUCUCAUCAUUUGCUCCCCCUGUAGUUGGGUUAUUGGCACAACAUGUUUACGGUUACAGGCCGAUUCCUAAAGGGUCCUCUCUGUCUGAGGAGAUUGCUACGGAUAGAGAAAAUGCUGCAUCAUUGGCCAAGGCACUAUACACUGCCAUAGGAGUUCCAAUGGCUCUCUGUUGUCUCAUCUACUCAUUCCUGUAUUCAACCUACCCAAGAGACCGAGAACGAGCUCAAAUGGAAGCUUUAAUAGAGUCGGAGAUGCUGCAAAUAGAAUCAGGAAAUUCACCUGCAGAUGGGCAAAAUUCUCAGGUUCCAUUAUCAGAGUCGGAAGAACCAUCUGUUGGAAACCGAAUUGUUAUUGAAUUGGAAUACGGGGGAGAGGAUGGUUUGGAUUUUGAUGAUGAUGAUGGUGAUGACGAGAAGACAUUGUUGUACCGCCAGUUGACAUUCUCCAAUCUAUCCCCACAGUAACACAUAUAA